AUGGCGAAUAAUAACGAGGGAGUUCGCGGGCUGUAUCCCAGUCUGCCGACCUUCGACUUAAGUCAUUUUUCGUCUAAGGAGUAUCUCGUAAAAGACUUCAUCGAGAACCUCAGUCAGAGUGUACAGAUCUCGCGUCGGCAGGGUCCUAAUGCUAAUGCCUUCGACCCGAAACCUUACAUCCGAACCUUCGAAGCCGCCGUCGCACGGAUUCGCCAACUCGAUGAUGACCUCGCGGAACAAGAAAGCGAACUCAAAGAGGCCGUCAGGCGCGCAGAGAGUGACCACGGUCGUCGCGUUCAAGAACUCGGUCGCCGGCUCGAAAAUACACUAGAUGAAUUCCAGAGACUCGAUGUUAACAUUGGUGGAAAGGCCGUCUCUAUCGGUGGUGAGCUGGAACAACUCGAUAAACAAAGGAUGCGAGCUAUGGACGCCAAGUUCUUGAUCGAGUGUUAUGUUGAAUUCAGAAAGGGGGAUAGCAGUCGAUUGGAGAAGAUGAGAAAGAGUGGAUCGAUCAAUGACAGUAUCAAGUGUGCGAAGAUAUCGCGUCAGUUGAUGAGUAUUGCGUAUAAACUCGAACUUCCGAGUAAUGACAAUACAAGAAUGUUGAUCGAGAAGUUUUCGGAGAGCUUGGAGAAAGAUCUUUUGGCACAGUUUGAUUCGGCUUAUAGGCAAAUGGAUAUCACGGCUAUGAAGGGAUGUGCGAAGAUGUUGCAUGACUUCAACGGUGGUAAUUCUGUCAAGGCUCUGUUUGUGAACCAGCAUGAGUUCUUCAUCACAAAACAACAUCUGGUCACGAACGAAGUCGUCCUAGGAGGUGAUAUAUGGGAUAAACUCCCGGACCCCGACGCAGAUCCACCGCCAUUGGAGAGGAGUCUAGCAGAGAUCAUCGAAGCAGCCAGGACGGUUAUCAUCCAAGAAUCUUCGUUGAUUAAAGAUAUUUUCCCAAUCCCUGGAGAUGUGACCAAGAGCUUCCUCCAGCGUAUCUUCCAGCAAACCAUCCAGCAAAGACUCGAAUUAGUCCUUGAGAAAGCCGAGACAAUCUCGCCCCUCGCAUUCCUAAGAUCCUUGCAAUCCGCAAAGAGCAGCCUCGAUACGCUCGUCGACAAGCUCAAAGAACAUAGCGAGGAGUUGAACGAUAAAGACACCAACAAUGAGAUUGCUUCAUGUCUUGACCAGAAUCUUGAUGAUUUGUUCACCCCUUACCUCGAAGGAACCAUCAGAUAUAUCGAACGAGAGAAGAAGUCUCUGCAAGACCUCUACGAAUCCAUCCUAUUCAAGUUCAAUACCUUCCAUACGAGACGCAAGAAGCUACAGAAUACUACGAUGCUUGACAGAUGGAGAACUCAGCUUCAAAAUAGCACCACAAGCGCUCGAGACAGAGUCAUCACUCAGCUACAGGAUACAGAUCCAGCUACCUCCCGACGAACAGAACAGCUGCUCAGACUUGCAGGCCUUGGAUCGUUCCGUGAAAAGCAUCAGAAUAAGGACGAAAAAAUCACAGAAAUCGAUCUCGAGGAAACAGAUGGGCUGCUGUCUACGGAUAUCUCGAAGAGAAUGUUGAAAUGGCUCGCAGAGAGUAUUGGGAGAUCUUUAGAAAUCGGGUCUUCAUCUGAUAUGCCUAAGGAUGCCUCGGCUUUCCUCGUUGUUCUCAUUGACAACGUCGGGUUGUAUGUUGAAACUGCACUUGAGAGCUGUUUGGAUUUCGCAAUCACCGCCGAAGUUGCAAAGAACGAGCCAGAUAUCAGCUACUUCUCCGAGCUCAAGUCUGCCAGCAUCAUUCUCAGUCUCAUGCACAAAACGAUCCACACCGCCCUCCUCCCACUAGCUCAAACGUCUCUCACCAUCCGUCGCGAAAUGUCUCUAGCUUCUCAUCGUUUCUUUAGCAAAGUCGAAGACCGCAUUAAUCAUAUUAUCCAAAAGACUGUCGACGUUGUCCUCAACCACGCUACCUCCCUUCUCAACAAACAGCCAAAACGUGACUAUCGACCUCGAGAUGAAGACGUCUCUUUGAUGAUGUUACAAACUCCGACUUGCCUGGCUAUCUCCACAUUCCUCGAAAAGGUCCACGCAACCGCUAAGAUCGCACUCACUGGCCCGAACCUCGUCUCGUUCCUCUACGAAAUCGCAACAGGGUUCCGCACUCGCUUUUUGGAGAACCUCCUGAAGAAUAGCAUCAACGUUGUCGGCGGUAUCUCGCUGACUAAGGAUAUUGUCUUUUAUCAGUCGAUGUUUACCCAAUGGGAUGCGGAUGAAGAUCCGAGUAACCCUGUCGGCACGGGGUCUGUGAAGGAGAGCUAUGAGUUGCUGCAUGAAGUCGGGAACUUGUACGUCGUCCCCGCAGCUGCUUUGAAGGACCGGUUGAAAGAUGGACUGUUGGCCAAGGCGAAGAAGGAGCUGUUGGUUCCGUAUCUAGCUAGGAGAGAGGAUUAUUAUACAGCGGGUAUUAGUAAAGCAAUUGCAGAGAUGGCGUGA